AAUACCAAAAUGCAAAAUACAAAAAAUACAAAUGAAUGGAUUAAUUGGAUUGAAGAAUCUAUAUCUAAGGAAUAUUAUAGACUUUAUAAACAAAAACAUUUUAGUAAUAUUCAAAAAGUUGGAAUUGGAGGAUUCGGAAAAGUUUAUCGUGCGAGUUGGAAAAAUUCAAAAUAUUUUGCGUUGAAAUCUUUUUUUAAUCUUGAUGACGUUACUGCAAAAGAAAUCGUUCAUGAGCUUAAGCUUCAACGUGAUAUACAAUUUCAUAAUAACAUUAUUAAAUUCUACGGAAUUGCAAAAUUUGACCCGGAAAAUGAUGACGUUCAAUCAAAAAAUUAUUUACUAGUUAUGGAGUAUGCUGACUCUGUUAUGGAGUAUGCUGACUCUGGUCCUCUUAAAAAUUAUUUAAAGGAAAACUUCAAUAAUCUUACCUGGAACGAUAAAUACAACUUAGCAUACCAAUUAGCUUGCGCCGUGUCAUGUUUACAUAAUGAAGGAAUAGUGCAUCGUGAUUUGCACUCUGGUAAUAUAUUGGUCCAUCAAAACACUAUCAAGUUGUCCGACUUUGGGUUGUCAAAGAGAAUCGAAUCAUCAUCCAAUACACAAUCAAAACCUUUUGGAAUAAUUCCUUACGUUGAUCCAAAAAAGUUUAGCGAGCGAAGAAAGAAUAAAAACUCAACACAAAUAUUCUCAUUGAACGAAAAAAGCGAUAUUUAUAGCGUUGGUGUAUUAUUCUGGGAGAUAUCUAGUGGUCAACCUCCCUUUUAUAAAGAAGGUGAACAAUAUGAUGUUGAUUUAGCAAUAGAAAUUUCACAAGGUCUUAGAGAAGAACCUAUCCCCAAUACACCAGAAGAUUAUAUUAAAAUUUAUACUGAAUGUUGGAAUGGUGAACCUAAUAAUCGUCUAACUAUAAAUCAAGUAGUAGAAAGAUUAAAGGAAAUUAUAACAAAAACGAACAUAACAACAGAAAAUAAUAUUAGCGCUUCUUUGAAUACUGAUAAUUCGUUACAUGGGGAAAUGUCUCAAAUUAUACAAAAUUUUAAUAAGAUGAAUAUAAAAGAAAUUGUACCCUCAAACAUAAUAAUUGAAGAUUGUUCAUUUGAAAAAGUUAAUGAUAUUGUAAAUUAUAUUUUCAAAAUAGUUAAUGAAGGAAUAGAAUUUACAUCAACCAAAAAUAUUAAAAAUAUUCUUGUUUAUUUUAAUAAUAAUAAUACAAGUUCACAAGAAAUUUAUGAUUGGUUAUUAAUUAAUCAAAAUAAUUCAGAUUCUAUAUUUUUACUUGGAUAUUUUAAUUAUUUAGGAAUUGAAACAAAUGAAGAUAAUAAGAAAGCAUUUGAUUUAUUUAUUAAUGCAUCAGAGCAAGGUCAUACAUUAGCACAAUUAUAUGUUGGAGCAUGUUAUCAAGCUGGUUAUGGAACUACAAAAGAUGAAAAGUUAGCUCUAAAAUAUUACGAAAAAAUAGCAAAUAUGGGUUAUGCGGCAGGUUUAUUAAAAGUUGGAUAUUGUUAUAAUUGUGGAAUAGGAACUAGUGUUAAUUAUCAAAAAGCUUUUGAAUUAUAUCAACAGGCAGAAAGUUUAGGAAAUAUUGUUGCUCAAUAUAAUCUUGGUAAUAAGUAUUAUAAUGGAAAAGGUGUCGAGAAAAAUUAUGACAAAGCUUUAGCACUAUAUCACCAAGCAGCAAAUUCAGGUUAUAAUUUAGCUCAACAUAAAAUUGGUCUUCUGUAUGAAUAUGGAAUAGGAAUUCAAAAGGAUAUAAAUCAAGCGAUUUACUGGUAUGAGAAAUCUGCUAAACAAGGAAAUCAACAUGCUCAAAAUAAACUAGAAGAAUUAAUAUAUAAAUAAUCAAGCUAAAUGCAUUAUUAAAUUAUAUAGUUAAUUGUAUGAUGCAUAUUAUUUAACUGAUCCGUUUAAGUAGAGUAAUUGUAGUCUAAUAAUAUUUUUAUUUUUGCCACGCACGUGAUACUUUAAAGAAAACAUAAUUAUAAAUUUUUUUUUUUCUACAGUUGUUUAAUUUAUUCUUUG